AUGGAAUACUCGCGUCUGCAAAAUUUGCCCAUUCCGGCUGUACUUCGGCGUCGGCUUCCGCGACUCUACUCGUUCCACAAGGCCGUUGCCGAGAAUACCUUUCGCGGGUCCCUGCAGUCGGAAUCACCGAAUCCCUCUGAAUCAUUCCUGCCUGCCGAAAGCCAGUCCUGGGGACCAGUAGUCACCGAAGUAGAGCGACUUUCCACCGCAAGCGAUGACUUGAACUCGUCUGAUUCCCGGUCAGGGGGAUCUAUGAGUCCGCCCGUGGAGGAGGUGAGCUGUCCAGACCACUACGAAACCGAGUCCGGAUUGCGCUGGAAUCGUAUUGCACCCGCAUUCAACUUGCUGCGAAAUGCCGGCUACGAGGCUCAGCAACCCCGAGCCGAUGGCCGUCUCGUCCGGUCGCUCUACAUCAGUGCCGUGAUGUAUUUGCUUGAUGCGCUACCGUCCGAUCUCACGCCAGAUGAGACCGUCAUGCUCCAGCAUCGUCUACCGGAACCAUUGAAAGACAGGAUUGUGGCUUCAUCUCCGCAGUCGUCGCAGGUCGGGGAAAAUACAGGCAUGGGGUCCACUCAACAUUCUCGAUCAUACCUCCAUCGUCUGCUCGCAUCAAUCAUUGUCCAAGUCUUUCUGCUCGCCCGACUCCUGUUGCCAUAUUUGAGGUUGUUUCUCUAUCAAGCAUACGAAUACGAGCGUUCACAUCGACUCACAGAGCGAUUCGUCUCGACUACUCGUGACAUGGCAGAGGGGUUGGGCAAGAGCAGUGCAAGUAUUGGGUCCGCUCUACUGAGAUUCAAUGAAGGUAAAAUGGGGAUCGCACUGGGGAACAUGGCCAGCUGGUGGGUAGAGGGCAUCGCCGGAGGUAUUUAUGAUGGCGUGGGUGAAGGCAUGACCCAGUUGGGCCUGCGCAAGCUUACGACGAGGGGCGCCGCCUGGCUUCUACGUGACUCUUGCACCAGGGGAUCCGACAUUAUGGAGUGGCGUGAUAUUUGUCCCUAUGCCUCCGCAAUUCUUCGAUUUCAGAUCCGUUUCCCCGACACUUACCCAGAUCUCCCACCCUUGGUCACAUUCACGACUGAUGUCUUCCAUCCUUUGAUUGUGCCCCUCACCACGUAUACUUUCAGCACGGGCUCAGCCAGUGAUGACCCAGUCAGCGCAACCGACGAGGAGCGACUUCCGCCGGGGGGAUUCAGCCUCCGGCAUGGAUUCCCACACUGGUUUGGCAGAGCCAAGCGGAACGGCAUACCGUCUGGAAAAUCAAGUCGCACUGUGAGUGGGCAGUCACUCGGGGCGCCAUCUGGGACAAGAACCGGGGUUGGCGAGCCCGAUAAAACAGACAUUGUAGCUACCGACAGUUCAGACACUGUAGAAGAGCCACCUGGCCCGGCGUCGACGGACAUCACGGUCCCUCGCGUGGUACAAGUUCCUGUAUCACAUCAGUUGACGAUGCCAAGAACUCAUGUACCCGUCGCGGAGCUUUUGGCAUACAUUCGCUCGACUUUCGAUGAUGAAGAGGUUCUGGAUUCUUUGCCGCAAGAGGCUGCAGGGAAUCCAGGCGCGUGGCAUGCGUGGAGAGCUCAUCGUCGGGGGGCUAUCGGCCCGACUGGUUUGAAACGAGACAGUCCACAAGCACGACUCCCGGGAGAUUGGCACUGGGAUGGGAUCUGGGCUCGGCGAGUUCGAGAUGAGAUCGAGGCAAGCCACUCAGAUCCAAUGCUAUUCGGUAACUCCACUCGAGGUAGUGGUGAAGAAAUGAUUCGAUUUUCGCGAUUGGACGAGGCCACACGAGAUGUGGUCAAGGAUAAAAUGAGGAUGACAGUAGCCCGGGUUCCAAUUUCACUGCACAUCGUUCCUACUGUUUCGCCCUCGGCAACAGUAUGCCCACCCAUUCCAUCAAGCCCGUCAUUGUUUCAGUGGAAGGUCAUUCGGUUCCUCUUCAUUGCCACGCCUGUACAAAAUGCCCAAUAUCUUAUCAUUGGAUUUCAAGAGCUCUGCAUUUCUUAUCGCGCUGGUUUUGGUCCCGGUUGUUGUUCUCUUUAUCGCUUUGGCUGUGGCCAUUGCGGUCUCGGAGCAUUGCAGCUGUCGCUUUGCCAGACCUUCUUGGUUGAAGUGUUUCGUUCCUCAGAGACACGCCUACACAAGGAAGAGAAGUCGUUCGGAUCCCGAAAGCAGUACCAGCCAACGCUCCACAGAACCCUCGGAGAUAGUGGGCCAGCCACGUCUACACGAUCUCCCUCCUAUGACUCUGGCCGGGACGGCAUUCACGUUAUGAAGCUUCGAAACAAAAAUGUGAUGAGGCCUCAGAUCAUUGAACGCUGCGGUCAGAGGCCUGAUGAUGACCCUUUCGUUGACAAGAACCCUCGAACGCUGGCUCCAAAACGUUACACGGUCCCGCCUGGCAUCAGAUAUCGCCCUUUGCCGAGAGAACUGGAGCGCUGGAGCUCAGAUUCAUGGUGCUCAUCUGAACUGUCUGUUCCUUCAUUUUCAAGCGACGAAUCGCGCCAGUCGAGGCCUUUUACACCCCAACAUGAUUCUUUCUCUCCGAAUCACUACCUGGACAUCAAACCAGAAUACAUGUGCCCUUUAAGCUUGCCGAUUACCUUUCUCAAUGCGAAGAUAUUGGCUUCCAAGCCAUGUUCUGGCAGAGAUUCCGCGUCCCUUUGGGCAACUGUGCAAGUGUCUGCCAAACUUAGCUCUGAGAGCUACCCCGGCCCUUGCGGCCUCGCACCACUCGAGGUGGUCAUCCUUCUCGACCAACUGGUUCGGCCAUCGGAAAGCUCCAUCGCGCAGAUGUCUUUCGCCUCUGUUGCAGUUGUGUCUCACCUUGUUCACGAACACGAUAGAAUCGCCUUGGCGGUGGUGAAUUCGUGCACGAGCUUUGGCUUUGAGAUCUUGCUGCCUCUUGGAUUCCAUUCUGUAGACAUUGUUCGAUCUUGCUUGGAAAGAUUUGCGGAACGUCAACAUUCCAUGCGAGUCACAACUACGCCCGACCUUGGGAUUGCUUUUCAGCAUGCCACGAAACUUUUCGGAGUUCCAUCGCGACCAGCGUUCUGUCAUCUUUUCUACGUCUCUACCGCUCCACCAGAUCGCCUUUGCAUUCCGCGUAUCGACCAUGCCGUUGGCAUUCAUACUAUUUCUCCACUUUCAUACUUACCAAUGGACCACCCAAAUGCUUCAUUAGGCUGGCAUAUCUCUUUUGGUAAUGAUGGCCAUGAUGACCGUUCUAGAACAGGUCUAUUUCUUCACAGAGUGUCCCAGGCGAUAGGACAAUUGCGAACUGGGAUACGCCCCGGAUCGGUGUCGGAUGUGAAGGUCUCUAUUUCUGCUGCACCGGGGUGUCUGAUUGAAGCAGGCCCAAAUGUUGCUCAGAUCUCUUCACUCCGACCAGGGGAAACUUGGGCCGUCGAAUUUCAAGUCCGUUUGCCGUCGGUCUUCCAACAACGACAUCAUUGUCGUGACCCUGAUUCGAUUGACGAGUCUCCUUUGUUCGAGGAUCUGAUGUCUUGCAUUGAUGAUGCAUUAGAAGAAUACAACGGGAAAAUUGAACAGCCAGCCGUGGUGGCCUCGGUACAUUACAGACAUUCUUUGUUGCCACCUGAAGACACUAUUCAUACAGAGUCCCACCUCACCGUGACCCGGAAGUUUUUAUAA